AUGCCUGCGGUUGGAAGCAGGCUGAACUGCCCCAGGCCAAUACAAAGCGCAGAGCAGGACGACAAGGGGCAUAGCGGAGGCUCGAGAAACGAGGCAAGCAACAUGAACUUAAUGGAAGGCGACGACAGCUUGGCCCUGAAGAAGGAGGGACGCAUCUCGGAGAGUGAGAUGGAGGGACUCGACAGGGAUUUCGAGAAUGAGGAGAAUGAGGGAGAGAGUAGAAACCUGAGGAGUGUAGGGGACUGUAAAGAUAAAAAAGAUGAGGGAGACAGUAAAGACCUGCAGAAUGAGGCACGCCCCACAGAUCUGAAAAAUGGUGGAGACAGUAAAAAUCCGAAGAAUGGGAGAGACAGCAAAGAUCUGAAGAAUGCGGGAACUACUGAAGACCUAAAUAAUGAGGGAGACAGUACAAACCCGAAGAAUGGAGGAGACAUCAAACACUUCAAGAAUGAGGGACACGCCAAAGACCUUAAGAGUGAGGAUGGACUGAAAGAUGAGGAACAGCUUAGGACCUUUGACAUGAAGGAGGAACACCGGGCGGACUUGAAGAAUGAGGAACACAACACAGAUAAGGAGGACAUAAAACACGCCGAUCUGGAGAGUGAGGGAUGCAGUGUAGAUUCAGAUCAUGAGGAACACCACGAUGAUGAGUACGGCGCAUAUUCGAUGAACAAGCACAAAACUGAACUGGAAAAUGAGAAUGAAGUGUACAACGCAGACGUAGUGAGUGAGGAGAAUGAAGAGGAGGCCGAGGAUCAGAAACAUGGGCGUAGCACAGGCCCAAAGAACGAGGGACAUGACGCAGAGCCGGAGAACGAAGUGCGCGUGACGAAUUGGGAGCAAAGCGCAGACGCAGAUAAUGAGAACUCCAGCCUUGAGCCGAGAAAUGAGGAGCACAACACAGCCCUGGGGAAUGAGGAGGACAUCACCGAUCUGGGGAAUGAGGAGGAAUGUAUAAACCUAAAGAAUGAGAAGCACAGUGCAUUCCCGAUGAAUGAGGAACACAAAACGGACCCAGAGUAUGAACACCACAUCACAGAGCCGAAGGUUGAGGACAGCGUUCCUAAGAAUGAGAGGAUACACAGCAAAGAUUCGAAUGAGGAAUACGACACAGACUCAAAGAAUAAGGAACAUGGUGGAGAUUCGAAGAAUGAGGAUUACAACAUAGGUGUGAUGAAAGAAGAGCAACAAACAGAUGUAAGAAGUGAGGAGCAAAGAUCAGAUAUGAUGGAUGACGAGCGCGAAACACACCCGCCGCAUGAGGACAGCAAAACAGGCCUAAAGAAUGAGUGUGAAACAGACUUUAAAAAUGAGGGCCACAAAACAAACCUUGAAAAUGAGAGCCACAAAACAAACCUUGAAAAUGAGGGCCACAAAACAAACCUUGAAAAUGAGAGCCACAAAACAAGCCUUGAAAAUGAGGGCCACAAAUCAGACCCUGAAAAUGAGAGCCUCGAAACAGAUCUUAAAAAUGAGGGCCACAAAACAGACCUUAAAAUUGAGGAGCACCAAAAAGACCCGAAGAAUGAGGAGCGUGAACCAAACCCGAAGAAUAAUGAGCAUAAACCAGACCCGACGGAUGAGAAGCACAAAACUGAACUGGAAAAUGAGAAUGAAGUGUACAUCGCAGACGUAGUGAGUGAGGAGAAUGAAGAGGAGGCCGAGGAUCAGAAACAUGGGCGUAGCACAGGCCCAAAGAACGAGGGACAUGACGCAGAGCCGGGGAACGAAGUGCGCGUGACGAAUUGGGAGCAAAGUGCAGACCCAGAUAAUGAGAACUCCAGCCUUGAGCCGAGAAAUGAGGAGCACAACACAGCCCUGGGGAAUGAGGAGGACAUCACCGAUCUGGGGAAUGAGGAGGAAUGUAUAAACCUAAAGAAUGAGAAGCACAGUGCAUUCCCGAUGAAUGAGGAACACAAAACGGACCCAGAGUAUGAACACCACAUCACAGAGCCGAAGGUUGAGGACAGCGUUCCUAAGAAUGAGAGGAUACACAGCAAAGAUUCGAAUGAGGAAUACGACACAGACUCAAAGAAUAAGGAACAUGGUGGAGAUUCGAGGAAUGAGGAUUACAACAUAGGUGUGAUGAAAGAAGAGCAACAAACAGAUGUAAGAAGUGAGGAGCAAAAAUCAGAUAAGAUGGAUGACGAGCGCGAAACACACCCGCCGCAUGAGGACAGCAAAACAGGCCUAAAGAAUGAGUGUGAGACAGACCUUAAAAAUGAGGGCCACAAAACAAACCUUGAAAAUGGGGGCCACAAAACAAACCUUGAAAAUGAGAGCCACAAAACAGGCCUUAAAAAUGAGGGCCACAAAUCAGACCCUGAAAAUGAGAGCCUCGAAACAGACCUUAAAAAUGAGGGCCACAAAACAGACCUUAAAAUUGAGGAGCACCAAAAAGACCCGAAGAAUGAGGAGCGCGAACCAAACCCGAAGAAUAAUGAGCAUAAACCAGACCCGACGGAUGAGAAGCACAAAACUGAACUGAUGAAUAAGGAAAGCGAAGCAGACAUGAAAAAGGAGGAAUGUGAAAUAAUCUUGAAGAAUGAGAAAUUUGAAACAGACCAGAAAAAGGAGAAAUAUGAAACGAAUUUGAAGAAUGAAGAACUUAAAACAGACCUGAAAAAGGAGGAAUGUGAAACAGAUCAGAAGAACGAGGAAGGUAAAACAGACCUGAAAAAGGAAGAAUGCGAAACAGACCACGGGAAUGAGGAAUGCGAAACAGACCAGGGGAAUGAGGAACGUGAAACAGACCUUCAGAAUGAGCAGAAAACAAACUUGGAAAAUGAGGCGCUUGGACCAAAGCCGAAGAAUAAAAAGCAUAAUGCAGAUUUUAAUCACGAGGAGCGCGAAAGGGACCUGGAGGAUAAGGAAAGUGAAACAGGCGUGAAGAAUGAGCAGAAAACAGACCCAAAGAAUGAGGAGCAGAAAACAGAUCUGAAUAAUGAGUGUGAAACAGACCUAGAGAAUGAGGAGCUCGAAAACGUAACCUAUAUGUUCAAUUUGGUGUUCAGUAUAAUUGCAAAGCCAAGUGUGCAGGAGAACACGUAA